AUGGCUCACAGACUCUGCUUCUCCUACUGGCUGUUGGUCUGCUGGUUGGUGGUAACUGUGGCAGAAGGACAAGAAGAGGUGGUCACCCCUCCUGGAGGCUCACAAAAUAAUGGAGACCCUACAGACUGCCAGAUCUUUACACUCACCCCUCCACCCAUCACAAGGAACCCGGUGACGAGGAUCCAGCCCACCCCAAGAACACCCAAGUGUCCAUUCUGGUUUUUUCCACAACGAAGGCCCAGAGUCUACAUUAGGUUUCCAAACAGACCUUUCCUCCCUCCAAGAUGCAACCGCCGUUUUCAGUUUCACCCAUUUUUUUGGCCACACAAUCGCCUUCCUCCUCAUUAUAAACGUUUCCCCGGAAGAAAUCUCUGUAGUGGAAGCUCAUCUGAGGAAAGCAGAGAGAAAAGAUAA